GCCGGACCUCCAUACUGAGCUAAAAUUGGUUGUCAUUCGAGCAUUUAAAAAUCAAUUGACUGUAGGCUCAAACCUUUGUCUCUAACAGCAAUAGUAUCAGACCAAACUGCUAGGCGGCAUUCAUGGAUAUUCUACCAGUGCACAUUGCCACUAUACCAACCGCACCAGUUCCCUGAGGCCAGCCCUACCACGGUUAAAAUACCACGGCGGUGUAUUUGAUCUUGAUGCGCUUGGUGUCGGAAAUAUUGGUAGGAUGUGCCUUACGCAUAUGUCAUCUCAAAUGCGACUCAAAAAGUUUAAACCCAGCAUGGCAACAGCGAGGGCUGGGAGGGGUUUCCUCAAGUGCUUGAGGCAGAAAUGGUUAGGAGAUCGAUUCCUUCACAAAUUUACAUUCGAUUCCGAAGGGUCAUCCGAAAUUCAGAGAACUGAGCUGUAUCCAAGGUAUCGAGCAGCAUCUGAGGACCUUCUUGAAAAUGAUGUAGAAGGGACAGGACCAGAUUCUGAACCACCUUCACCGCCUUCCAAGUCACGGAAAAAGCCUUGUCGAUUGUUCUUGGUGCCGCAACACAAACUAGUUCUUCUACAAGCAAUUAUCAGCGCUCCUCCAUUUGCUAAGGAUGACAGGUCAGUUAAUCAACGGUGGCAGAGCGUCGUCGAUCGAAUUCAAGAGACAGAAUUGUCUCCCCUCCGUUUUGGUGCGCCCAUCUAUAGCGGUGUUACAGUACGCAAUGCUAGAAGCGCAUGGGAGGCAAUGGCACAGGACCACAAAAGAUAUCUAAGAGAAAAGACUGCGGCAACCGGCAUUAUUGGAGAAGGAGACAGGCACCGUUGUCUAAUCAAUAUGGCAUACAAGCUAGAGCAGGAAGCUCUUCAACAACGGACAAGCAGUCUUAAUAGUCGUAAGCGUGCUCAUGAAACUCAUCUACAGAACAACAGAAAUAAUGAAGCUUUGCGGGCUGCUGCAAUAUCGCGGGCUUCUGCACUGUCACGGGCUGCACGAAAGCGUUCUUCAGGUUCUCCCGAGGAUUCAUCUUCCGAAAAUUCAUCUUCCUCAGACACAAGUCAACAACGUAAAAUCAAACGCACAAGGGAUAUUAAUGAGCUGCGUAAACUAUUUCUUGAAAGAAAGGAAUACUUGGAUCAUGCAAAAGCCAUGGAAACAGGAUAUCGUGCUAUUAUCAAAGAGAUACUAAGAAUUAUGCAACAAGAUAGAUCAGAGCAGCAUGCUGUUAAUAGGGCAAUUCUUGAGCAGCAUACUGUUAAUAAGGCAAUUCUUGAACUCUUAUCCAAGAAAUAA